GUCUGCUAUAAGAGAGUGCGGCGGCGGGCAGCGCGCUUACACAACGGCCGCGGCGUGCCCGCGCAACCAGACGCUACCCAACCCUGCAGCGAAGCGAGGAUCGCCGCAGCAUGCGGGCCCUGUUCGGACUCCCGGCGCUCUGCCUGCUGGCCGUCGCUAGCGCAGACUUGCCCCCGGAAGCGGCAGGGACGCCAGGCGACGCGCCGCCGUCUGCGGCGCUCGCGGCUGUGCCUCAAGGUGGCCAGGCACCUGCCGGCAGCUACGUGGGACACGGACCCCUACUCAGUGCGCUGGUCGGCGCCGACCCCUUGCAAGGAACAGAAUUAAAUGCAGACGCAGGAAUUUCGCGACCGAAACGCACGUUCUGCAAGAAGUGUGGUGGCUACGGAGGCUACAAAGGCGGCUAUGGUGGCGGCUACGGCGGGGGUUACGGGGGCGGUGGCGUGGUAAUCCCAGUGGUCGUCACGGUGCAGAAGCGGCCAUCCUAUGGGUACGGGUACCACCCCGGCGGCGGCGGAGGCGGCGGCGGCUACUGCAACGUGUGUGGGGGCGGCGGGGGCGGCGGCUACUACCCCUCCGGCGGCUCCUUCAGCCAGUCUUCCAGCUCCAGCCAGUCUUCCAGCUACGCGUGGGGUCGAAGAAAAUGAGGCGUCGACACCACUCAGGAGCAGAUCGCCUCGACGCUACGAGUAACUGUCUGCCAACGUUCUGCUCUCGGCUAAAGUUUUUCAUCUUGUUAUAUCUGGCUGACACUUUGUACGUGUGUCGUGGUUCUAGUGUGUUUAACAUAUUACGAACACUCAUUAUUCAUAGUGUCUCCUUCCACAAACAGAAAAUCGAACAAGGUUCUGUAAAACAAUAAAAAUUUCGCCAUAAAAAAUA